UGGUCUGAGCGUGUGGUUUCUAAAAGCCCCUUUCCAGCCUGCUUAUAUUUUCUGGCGUUUGUAACCAGAGGAAAUGGGUGCUUCCCCUUCAAGUUUCCUGUACUCACUUGCAGGUUAAAAUGAGCUCACAGCCGCCGCUUGUUCAGCACAACUGAGGGAUAACCUGUCUGCCACCGGCAUCUGUGGGGCAGGAACUAAUCUGCUGUUCCAACUUUCAUGUGCCAGGGGAAGUUGUGAGGAGUGAUGGACAGAAUGGAUGUUACAGAAACUAUUGCAGGGAUCUUGCUGCCCGGUCACUUACACACCCAGGAGUCCUUGCAGUAUGCUCAGGACUUUCAUUUCAAGGAAGAGGAUAUUGUCAUUGUUACUUAUCCCAAAUCAGGUACCACCUGGAUGCAGGAGAUUUUAACUUUGAUUUACAGUAGAGGGGAUGCAGAAAUAGCUACAACUGUCCCUAACUGGAGGCGUGCCCCCUGGCUUGAGCAUAUAUACUUUAAGGAUUUCAUUACAGAAGAGAAUGGACCCAGAAUCAUUACAACCCACCUUCCCAGUGAUGUACUGGCACCAGCACUGCAAAAGUCUAAAGCAAAAGUUAUUUAUGUUGCAAGGAAUCCCAAAGAUGUGGCUGUGUCCUACUACUUCUUCCACAAGAUGGCCAGAUUCUUACCAAAUCCUCAAACCUUUCCAGAAUUUCUGGAGCAGUUUCUAGAAGGAAGAGUAUAUUAUGGCUCUUGGUUUGAGCACGUGAAGGGCUGGCACAGUGUGAGCCAGACCCUGGAUUUCUUCUACAUAACAUAUGAAGACAUGCAGAAGGACUUGAGAAGAUCCAUUAAGAAGUUGUGCCAAUUCCUGGGAACUCCCAUGUACUCCAAAGAAGUGGACAAGGUUGAGCACCACUGCAGGUUUGCUAACAUGAGCCAAAAUUCCAUGGUAAAUUACACCCUUAUUCCUUGUGAGAUCAUGGACCACAGUCAGAGCAAGUUUAUGAGAAAAGGUAUGGUGGGAGACUGGCAACAGCAUUUCACUGAAGAACACAAUGAAAUGUUUGAUAAGGUUUUUCAAGAGAAGCUGUCAGACUGUGAUCUUCAGUUUAUUUGGACCUUGGAAUAAAUGCUAGCAAUGCACAUUUCCAGCACUCUGUAAUUGUAUUUAGUACUGUAUAUUGCCCAUAAGAUAUUUUGUCAGAGAAUAUGUGCAAUGUGCAAGGGUUUACAUUUUAUGUUGGUUUAAUUUAUAGUAUGUUGGUAAUAAAGGAAAACCAUAACAUGGGAGUUUAUUACCUGAUUACAUAAUGUGAAUUUAUGAUAUCAUAAUAUGAUUUCAUAAUGUGAAAUACAUAGCUAAAAAAAUUUCUGAUAACCUCCCAUUUGUUCCCAUUCACUGUUAGACUCUUCAGCUUGCUCAGGGGUUGAAUAUAGAAUUAGAUUCAACAGCACAGCUCUCGUAAUAUGCCCAGUCCUGUAGCUCACAAGAUCUAAAACAGAAGCUCUUAAUGGUACAAAGGAGAAACAAGUAGUCAUCUGCAUAGUCAUAUGCAGAAUGUAUGUAUCACAGUAAAGGUUUCUAAUGCAUGCUCUAUAGCAGCAGGGAAUGUGGCAGAGCAUAGGAGGAACUACAUAUAGCUGGAAAGCAAAAGGUAUAAUGCAGAUAGGGACUAAAUUGGCGAUCAAAAGUUUUUAUGAAAACAAAAAAAUAUCCGGGUAGGGGGGUAGAAAAUAAAAGCGUUUCAGAGAGAGAAGUGUAGAGGCAGCAGAGCAUUAAAAAAAAUAAAGAAAGAAGAGAGAGCUAACCUGGAAGGAGGGUUAGCAGGAACAUGUAGAAAGGAAGGGGAUAUAGAAUGGCAGAGCAGAUAGCAAUGAGGACAAAAUGAUAGAUCAUAAAGACAGGCAAAGAGUAGGAGAACAGGUAAAAAAGAGGACACCACAGAACACAGAGAUAGGUGGAGUGCAGAAGAGAAAAAGGAUGAUAUUAGACAACAGUGAAAGAGAAGAACGGAAGAUAAAGGGAGAUAAGAGAUUUAGAGGACGAAGCAAUGAAGUAGAAAUUACAGAAUGGGAAAAUAACACUGGGGUACACAUUUGAGAGGGAAAAGAUAAGGCUAGAAGAGGAAAACUGGAAAAGAGGACACUGUAGAGAAAAAACAAAUGUAUAAAGAGCAGAAUGAAAAAGAGAACAGAAGUCCAUGGAACCAUAGCAUAAUAGAAAAGGCAUGUAUGUUUGUGUGGGUACAAUAUAUACACGUACUUAUAUGGUCCUAUUUAUAAAUGUUGACCUGUGCACCAUGCAGCUCAGCAUUUUAAUUUUUAUUCUGUAAAUAUUAAGAACUUGAUAUUAAUUGUACAAUUAGACUAUGGUACAGUUGCUUUCAAUUAUUUACUUCAGGAAAUGUACUACAGUUUAUUUAACUAAAGCUGGCCAUACUAGCACCGAUGAUAUUGUACGAAACUUAGUUUAGAACGUUAUUCAGUGCGUGUAUGGCGAAUCGAUGAGGCGACCACAAAGGCUGCAGAUAUUGGUCGUCUCGUUGAUCGCCCAGGUUAAAAGAUUUUGAGGCGCCCAAACAAAAUUUGUGUUCAGGGCUCAAUCAGCAGGAGGAGGUAGAAUUCCUAUUGUUUCUACCUCCAUAUCUGAUGAUUCAGCCCUGAACGUCAGUGGGGGAAACAAACGAUCUUUUCUGCGACCGAUUUUCGCAGGAAAGAUCAGAAUUGCUCUAUGUGUAUGGCCACCUUAAGGUGCUACUAUAUUUAGCCAUGGGACAGCCAAUUAAGUUUAAUAGGGCAGAAAAAGCUCAUGUUUACACAAAUAAGCUCUGAGGAAUGUUAAACACUGGUUAUAUGUAAUGCAUGCCUCUUUACAGGACUAUAAAAUGUUGAUGUUACUGUUCCUUUCAAAGUCUGUGACUACUGUUACCAUUUUGCCUGGCUGUUGGUUGUAUAGCCACCCUACCUCCUCUAAAUAAAGAAAAUACACUCUG